AUGGAUAUUACAGAAUUGUUACAGUGCUUUUCCUGUACUUUAGACCAAAACGCUACCGUAAGAACUAAUGCGGAAACACAUCUCAAAAACGCAAGCAGGGUACCAGGAUUCUUAGGUGCUUGUCUGGAUAUCAUUGCUGCUGCUGAAGUUCCAGAGAACAUCAAGUUAUCAGCUUCUUUAUAUUUCAAAAAUAAAAUCACUUAUGGUUGGUGUGCUAAUGCCAGGCAUGGUUCGAAUGAAUUAUUGGAUUCACAUGUCGAUCCCGAUGAAAAACCAGUGGUAAAAGAUAUGUUAAUCAAAACUAUGGUUAGUGUGUCCAAGACCUCUCCGCGUUGUAUAAGAGUGCUAAAAUCCGCCCUUACUGUAAUCAUCUCUGAAGAUUAUCCUAGCAAAAAAUGGGAUGAUUUGUUGCCAAGUUCCUUAGAACUUCUUUCAAGUAAAGACAUCAGUGUAACAUAUGUCGGACUUCUGUGUCUUGCAGAGAUUUUCAGGACGUACAGAUGGAAGAGCAACGAUGAGAGACAGGGCUUAGAAGAGCUAAUUUUGAGUUACUUUCCUGCUUUACUAGACUAUGGUGCAAAUGUUCUUUUCCAGGAUGGUAAAUAUAUGAAUAACGAACAAAUUGGCGAACUGGUUAAAUUAAUUGUUAAAAUUUACAAGUUUGUUUCAUACCAUGACCUACCUUUUACGUUACAACGUCCGGAAUCGUUUACUCCAUGGGCAUGUUUUUUUGUUAAUAUUAUCCAGCAGCCGUUACCUCAGGAUGUUCUAGCUAUAUCUGAUGUUGAGGUUAGAAGUAAAAAUCCAUGGGUUAAAUGUAAGAAAUGGGCCCUUGCAAACCUUUAUAGGCUUUUUCAGAGGUAUGCAUCAACCUCACUGACAAGGAAAUUCCAAUAUGAUGAGUUCAAACAAAUGUACUGUGACCAAUUUCUAACCCAAUUCUUGCAAGUCGUCUUUAAGCAAAUUGAGGAAUGGGGGACUGGACAGUUGUGGUUGAGUGACGAAUGUUUAUACUACAUUUUGAAUUUUGUGGAACAAUGCGUUGUGCAAAAGGCUACUUGGAAGCUUGUUGGACCACAUUAUAACGUAAUUCUUCAACAUGUUAUUUUUCCUCUACUAAAACCUAGUACUGAUACUUUAGAAACCUUUGAGAAUGAUCCUCAGGAAUACAUUAACCGGAAUAUGGACUUUUGGGAUAUCGGUUACUCCCCAGAUCUAGCCGCAUUGGCUUUGCUAACGACGUGCGUCACGAAACGUGGUAAAUCUACCCUACACCCGACUUUAGAGUUCAUGGUUACAACUUUACAGAAUGCCAUUGGUGACUACAACAAUAUUACAUUGGACAAUGCCUUGCAAAUUGAGUCAUGUUUGAGAAUAUUCUCUAGCAUAAUUGACCGUUUGAUUACGAAAGAGUCACCGUUCGCGAAUCAGAUGGAAGAGUUUAUAAUGACAUUUGUUUUACCUUUCUUCAAGUCCCAAUAUGGAUUUCUGCAAAGCCGUGUCUGUGAUGUUUGUUCGAAGUUGGGAUCAAUGGAUUUUAAAGACCCGAUAAUAACAUCUACCAUAUAUGAAGGUGUCAUGAAUUGUCUAAAUAAUUCACACAAUUCAUUACCUGUAGAAUUGAUGGCUGCAUUGGCAUUACAAACUUUUAUAAGUGAUGAUCAGUUUAAUAGAGAACUAUCCAGACAUGUUGUUCCUACUAUGCAGAAGUUACUAAGUUUGUCUAACGACUUUGAAUCUGAUGUAAUUUCGGGUGUUAUGCAAGAUUUUGUUGAACAAUUUGCUGAGCAACUGCAACCUUUUGGAGUUGAACUAAUGAAUACUUUGGUCCAGCAGUUUUUGAAACUGGCUAUUGAUCUACAUGAAGCUUCCAAUUUAGAUCCAGAAUCGCUCACAAAUGUUGAUAAUAUCCCCGAUGAGUCUGAGAAGCAAAUGGCAGCACUAGGUAUUUUGUCAACUACUAUAUCUAUUUUGUUAUCAUUCGAGAACUCACCGGAAAUCUUAAAAAACUUGGAGCAGUCAUUUUAUCCUGCUGCAGAGUUUAUCUUGAAAAACGAUAUCGAAGAUUUCUAUCGCGAAUGUUGUGAAUUUGUAGAGAACUCCACAUUCUUGCUAAGAGACAUUACACCCAUUAGCUGGAAAAUCUUGGAGUUAAUUGGAGAAUGCAACAGAAGACCAGAUAGUAUGGUCUCUUAUUACCUAAGUGACUUCAUGCUAGCCCUCAACAAUAUUCUGAUUUACGGUAAGAAUGAAUUAAAAAAGAAUGAAUUUUACACCAAGAUCAUAUUCGAAAUAUAUCAAAAGGCCGUUGUUUCUGAAGACAAUUCUCUAGACGAUCUUAGAGUAGUUUUUGAUUUAUCUCAAGAGUUGGUUCUUGCACUGGAUGAUCAUUUACCUCAACACUACAGGGAACAUUUAUUAGCAGACGUUGUCAAGGCUAUUCUAACGCAAAAGAAUGAACUGAAGAGCAGUGUUGUAUUCAGUGUGACUGCAUUCAAUGUCGUGAUUUCGAAUGUGAUAACAGAACCCUUGAUCACCCUGCAGUAUUUAAAACAGCAAGGGUGUCUUGAAUUUUUUUUUCAGGUAUGGAUUACCGACUAUAUUCCGAACUAUAAAAGGUGCUAUGAUAUCAAAUUAUCGGUGCUUGCGCUGUUAAGAAUAAUAUCAAAGUUAGAAAGCAACGAUUAUACCAUGUUGAGCUUAGAAAGUCUAGUUCCGCAAUUAGGUAUUACUGUUACACAGCUAGCUUCAAGACUUCCAAUGGCAUUGAAACAAUUAGCUAACCAACGCAAGGAAUUCUCGUCAUCUGGUCUAGAAGAAGAUGCAAAUUGGGACGAAAAUUUCCUUGAUAUUGAAGACGACGAUGAGGACGAUGAAGAAGGUAACCUCACCGAAAAAUACCUGGAACUAAUCAAAAACAGAUCAGAUUCUUUAGACUUUGUGGACGGUUAUGACGCAAAGGAAACCUUUGAUGACCUAGAAGAGGAUCCAUUAACUGGGUCAAUUCUGGAUGCAGUUGAUGUAUACAAGGUUUUUAAAGAGUCCAUAAUGAAUUUGCAACACGUUGACAGUAAUAGAUAUCAGGGUAUUAUGAGACAUUUAACUCCAGCCGAUCAAGAGCUGUUCAUGGGAAUUAUGAAUACUUAG